GCCCGGCACUCCGGUGCUCCAGCGGAAUCCGCGAGUUCUCGACAUGCCUGAGCCGGCCAAGUCCGCGCCCGCGCCCAAGAAGGGCUCCAAGAAGGCGGUGACCAAGACGCAGAAGAAGGGCGACAAGAAGCGCAAGAAGAGCCGCAAGGAGAGCUACUCGAUCUACGUGUACAAGGUGCUGAAGCAGGUGCACCCCGACACGGGCAUCUCGUCCAAGGCCAUGGGCAUCAUGAACUCCUUCGUCAACGACAUCUUCGAGCGCAUCGCCGGCGAGGCGUCGCGCCUGGCGCACUACAACAAGCGCUCCACCAUCACCUCGCGGGAGAUCCAGACGGCCGUGCGGCUCCUGCUGCCCGGCGAGCUGGCCAAGCACGCCGUCUCCGAGGGCACCAAGGCCGUCACCAAGUACACCAGCUCCAAGUAGAGCGUCCCGGACCGUCAGUUUUAACCCAAAGGCUCUUUUAAGAGCCACCUAUUUUCUCAAUUAGAAGGGCUGUGUUACUUUUUCUGUUCGGGAGAGGUAUGUAAAAAGCCUUUUUGUUUGCAAACAACUAGAAUGUAAAUACUCGGCCAUUUCGGCAGUUAAAAUGUAGCUGUUAAAAAGUUCGGAGGGUUUUCAGUUCUGAACUAGAUAAAGAGUAACAGUUUAUACUAGGCGUAAUGGGCUACAUUUAGCUAUUAUGCUAUCGAUUCUGGGCUUGAAUGCCGCUAAGAAAAAAUAGAAGCAACUCUCUUGUGUUUGCCAGCUCUUCUAUUUCGGAAUUUAGAGGUCUCUCUAGGGAAGGUAGGUAAUCCUUUUUUUGGUCUAUAAAUUAUUGUGGUAACUGAUCUACUCUAUAUAUGUUUUUAAAUCCCUGUUACAGUUUAGGCUGAAAACUUCAGUUGCUAUUAAAAAUGCACGUCGUUUUCUAUGUACUGCAAACGUUCACGUAUAUCGUGGUUUCUGCCCUUAAUAUUUAGAAAACAGUUACUCAACCCGAAUCUUCCAGGUAUUUUUUCACUGCAGUCCAGUGUACCCUCCUCCCCGUCACCUUCUAUUUUCUAAAUAAAGUGGCUGUCACUAUUCAAAAACUUGGA